UCAUCAUCAGUUCGCGAUUACAUCUUAAGGUGUCUAGACAAGAAGUCAAAAAAGUUGUUAAGAGAUUUUGUGUGUGUUUUUUUUUUUUAUUUUGAAUUAAGACGAAAGCAAGUGAAAUUGAAUAAAAAUGGUUAAGAAUCGCAGAUUUGAAAAUAAAGAUCAAUGGUUCGGCGUUCGUCAUAUACAAUGUGCCCUUAUAUUCUUUGCCUUAGCAGUUUCCUAUGCGUUACGAGUAAAUAUGUCAGUUGCAAUUGUUGCAAUGACUGACAAAUCAUCAAAUUCUAAAUUUGACGAAUAUCCUUGGACAGAAUCAACAAAAUCACUAAUUCUCAGUAGUUUCUUUUGGGGUUAUGUUAUUACUCAAGUUCCAGCUGGCCAAGUUGCACAAAGAUACGGCGCCAAACCUGUAAUAUUCUGGGGAGUCUUAAUUUGCUCUAUCUUGGCCAUUCUAACACCAGUUUGUGCUAAAAUUGGAGGAUCUGCACUUGUUUGUACUUUACGAGUUAUUCAAGGACUUUGUCAGGGUACAGUUUUCCCAUCGUCACAUAAUCUUCUCUCCAAAUGGGCUCCAUUUACGGAACGUGGAAAACUUGGAACAAUCAGCUAUUCGGGAGUACAAUUUGGAACAGCUCUAAUGCUUUGUGUUAGUGGUGAAUUAGCUUCGUCUGUUUUAGGCUGGCCUAGCAUAUUUUAUAUGUCUGGAGCUGCCGGUUGUCUAUGGGCCAUUUUGUGGUACUUUUUUGCAUCAAGUUGUCCAGCUGAGAAUUCUUUCAUUUCCGAAGAAGAAAAACUUUAUAUUGAAAUGAUUCCUUCCGAUGGAACAGAGGCUCAUGAAAAGAACGAAGUUAAAGCCAAGAUACCAACUCCUUGGGGAGCUAUUCUGACAUCUGUACCGUUUUAUAUGGUUUUGUGUGCACAUUGUGCUAAUAAUUGGGGUUUCUGGACACUUUUAACUGAAAUUCCAACUUAUAUGAAGAAUAUAUUGGGAAUGGAUAUUAAAGCUAAUGCUUUGUUAUCGUCAUUGCCUUAUUGGGCAAUGUUUGUCCUUUGUUUUGUAUUCCUGUUGAUUUCGGAAGUUUUGAACAAAACGAAAUGCAUGAGUUUGUCAUUCAGCAGGAAGUUCUUUAACUCACUUGGACAUUGGGUUCCAGCUAUUGGAUUGAUUGGAAUGGGAUACAUGGAUGGAGAUAAUGUUUUGUUGGCUAUAAUCUUUUUGACACUGACUGUUGGUAUGAAUGCAUCUUGUUAUUUGGGCUUCCAAAUGAAUCAUAUUGAUCUUUCAUCGAACUUUGCUGGAACUUUGAUGGGAUUGACAAAUUGUGCAGCGAAUAUAAUGAGUAUUAUUGCUCCACUGACUGUUGGAUUAAUUGUUACCGAUGAGAAAAAUCCAGAUCAAUGGAGAAUUGUGUUCUUUGUUGCCGCAGGUUUCUUCUUUGUAGGAAAUUUGUUGUUUAUUAUUUUUGGUAAAUUUACAACACAACCAUGGAACGAGCCAAAAACUGUGGUAAUUAAAAAUGCACAAAAUGGUCAAAAUGGACAAAAUCCUGUUACAAUGGAGUCACAAAACUAAAAAUGCUGCCAGAUGUUCAAAACCAUAAUUUUUGCUUAAGUUAAAAUCCGUGAUCUAGUCAUUUAAGUAUUUAAUCUAUAAGCAAAAAGCAGCCGUUUCAAAAUUUUUUUGGUUCAAAUUUUAUUUAUAAUAAGUUGACUUUUUGAGUUGUUGUUAAUAAAUUGAUAAGUUAUAUCUUUGUAUUUUUAAUAAAUACAUUCCAGUCAAAAUAUUUGGCAUAGGUUAAGAUGUUACUGUUAUGAUGCCGUAUUUCGCGCUUAGUUCAAAUAACAAUAAAUUAGGAUCAUAAUCACAUAUCUACCUACAUUACAUAAUGUAGAUUGUAUAUUGUAUAAGAUUAAAUAUGUUAUUAUUUUAAGAAAAAUUAUAUUUGUAAGAAAUAAGUAAUAAAAAAAAUGUAUUUUCCCAAAA